UUUCUUGUUCUUUUUGAAAAAUUGAUCAAAUUAUAGUUUUGAAAGAUGAUCAGCAUCAUUGUUUGUGAGCUGAUUAAUAUAUAUAUAUAUAUAUAAUACAGGGUGGCCCAAAAGUCACGCACUCGAAAAGAAAUUGAAUAUCUCCAUAACGGCUCUAGCAAACUGGCUGAUUUUUUUACCACUAGUAAACGCAUAUUUACACUCCAUAUCCAUAAAGACAAGGCGAGAGUGAACCCUUUUUUUAAGUGUCACUAUUGACUUUAACCAAAAAGUUUUAAUUUUUCACAGAUAAAAAAAAAAACAAUGUACUGGGUGUCGCAAAAGUCACUUUACCGAAAAAAAGUUCAAUAUCUCCAUUACGGCUCGAGCAAACUAGCUGGUUUUUUUUAUCAAUGCUAGAGGCAUGUUCAAGAUUUAUAUCCAUAAAGACAUGCCUAGAGAGAUCCUUUGUUAAGUAUGUUGUUUUUUUUCAUCUGUAAAAAAAAAGUAAUUUUUUUUUGUUGCGAUUAAUAGUGAUACUUAACAAAGGACUUCUCUAGGCAUGUCUUUCUAGAUAUAAAGCUUGAACAUGCCUCUAGCAUUGAUAAAAAAAUCAGCUAGUUUGCUCUAGCCAUAAUAGAGAUAUUCAAUUUUUUUUCGGGUGCGUGACUUUUGAACCACCCUGUAGUGCGUAAGAUCUUCUGUAGAUAUCAUGGAUAUGUAAAACAGAUUUAUUUGUCAAUUAAUUCAAUAAUUAUAAUAAUAAGAAUAUUGAAUUACGAAAAACGAUUUUAAAAAAAUGAAAGAUAAUGAGCGAAUAGCAACAAUGCAAAAUAAAAAUAGGGUGCCCGUAGAAAAAAAAAUUCUGUUCGAAAUGCAGAAAUUAGAAAGUUUCUUACUCUGAUUUUCGAUUAUCCUACAAAACAACUAUAGUCUACCAGAGGUUUCUCAUUUUACGUAUUUUGCAUUAUUUUAAUGAUGGUAGAGAGCACAUGUGAGUUCCAUAUUUCAGUCCCAAAAGGGCUGCUCUAACAAGCUUUUUUCUUUCAAGUCAAUAAUUACAUUUGACAAUAACAAUGGUCGUUGGAUUCAUGAGGCAAUUGAUAAACAAGGAAAGAAAGUACAUAUUGAACGUUAUGUUGAUGAUAAAGAUCAACAACAAGUUGAAUUAUCAUGUGAGAAUCAAAAUAUAGAAAAUGAUAGCUCUGAUACAAACACAAGUUCGCAACAAAUUCCAACACCCGAGCUAAAACUUUCAACAUCCCAAGAUGUUGCAUCAUCUACGAUUCCAAAGAAGAGUCCCGCAUCUAUAGAGAAAGAAGUUAAAGCUGUGACGUGCAACGGUAAUGCGUGUUCUAAUUGUGGUAAAUGUCGUGAAUGGUAUUAUGAUGGUAAUAUUGACCGUGAUAACGAGCGUUUCGACCGUGGAGAGUCUUAUGAUAUAGUCGAUCGAAACCGUUGGCAUCGUCGUCCAAAUGGAACAUGCCGUUAUUUUUAUUUCCAUCAUGUUGGCAUUCUUGGCAAACAUCAUGGGCUUGAUAUUUGUCGUUGUCCAUGA